AUGCCUUACUCCAGUCAAAAGCCAGAGUCCGUUCAUGCUUAUGUCAAUUAUCACUUGCCGCCGCCGAUGGGCGAACCUUUUCCCAUUCAAAUGAUCGCCACGGUAGGGUUUCAGCGGACCAAGUAUGACAGGCAGCUUGUGCGGGUCACAGACAUGCGGACUUGCGACGAGGAGUUCAGUCUCGAUACCCAAGGCUUCAAGGUCGUGAAAAGUACUAUCCGGGAAAGGCAGUGGGAGGGAGACUACCGAUUCUUUCUCCCCGAACAGCUUCGGAAGGACGUCCAGGAGCUCUUGAUGCGACACUCGGGAGCGACAGGUGUCUACCCUUUUGGGCCUCACGUCGUCCGUCGCGAUCCCUAUGAGAAGAUUCUCAACAUCUCCGAUGACCUCCCAGAUUCCCAAGUGCUGAACAUGCAGCCUCCCGCCAUGUUUAUCCAUGUCGGUAAGUAUGACGAGGCCAAAACAGCAAUGAUGUGCCCACGCAGGAUAGAUCAAUCGUACAAGGGUGCAGAAGCGGUACUUGAUCGGCUCCCAGAGGCGGAAAGGCUUCGCGCCAAGACCAAGAACCGGUGGGGAAUAAUCAACGUCUGGCAUCCUCUCAAGCUUGUUCAGCGUGAACCACUGGCAGUGUAUGACGCGCGCAGCGUUGAAGAAUCGGAUCUCCGCCCUGUCACGACGCGGAUCGUUCUCGGCAAGCCGCCCAAUACUACGAACAAGGACAACGAGCAGUGGCACAUGGUUGCAAGUCCUCAUCAUGAGUGGUUCUACGCCAGCCAUAUGACUCCUGAUGAGGCAUUGUUGAUCAAGGUUUUCGACACUAAGUUGGAUGGAAGAGCUAGGCGGGUGCCGCACACUGCAAUCCAAACUCCAAAGGAUAAUGGCCCGCCCCGAGAGAGCGUUGAGAUUAGAUGA